AUGGCGCCGUUUGCGCGGGGAAUCGUGAAGCCGCGGAGCGAGAAAGUCCGCGCGAUGCUGAACAUUUCUGUCGAGCGCAAGCAACCGAAUCCUCUGCGGGCGCCUCCGAAGACGCUGCUCGACCCUCCGCCCUGCGCUGCUCCUCUCGAAAAGGGAAACCCCGUCCUAGACAGGCAGUUUGACACGCUCAACAGACGAAUCACCGGUUUCCGAAAGUACAAAGCGCCACAAGUGGCUCCGCCACGCGUGAUUCGCGACAGAGACGAGACAAACUUCCACGAGAUGCUUGGGAAGUUUCGCUUCGACCUCCAGGGAUCGUUCAGAGAGAACGGAGACGCUCUGCGCGACAGCCUUCUGCAGGCAGGACGGGAUCUCUUUCUCGUCGGAUGGGUGAAGUGCAGAGGCCGCUUCGCGACGGGACAUAUUCAGGGAGAUGUCUACGCCUUGUCGUAUAUGCGUCGAUACCUAGAGAAACACCUGGAGGAAAAGGUCUCUUCCGUGCGCUUCUACGAGGAGAAUUUCGGCAUGCCCGCUCUCGAAUACGAACGCAUGAGCGCGGUCAACGACUUGCGAGCUCCGAGCAAGAAGCAGCAACACGCCCUGCGGGCGGCAGAGAAGAAUAAGGCGCGGAAGCUCGAGCAGGAGAGUCUGCGGCAGGCGCAGGAACUUGAGCGCUACUACGAGGAAAACUGCAUCCGCAACUACUGA